AUGGAGCAAGAACAAGAGAGCUACAAAUCAAGAUUGUUUCAUUUCAAGAACAUGAGCGAACACUCAGCUUCACGACGUGUUAAAAGCUGGAGCUCAGAUUGUGUCGAUACAGACAAUUUUGAUGAAGAUGACAAUGACAUGAUGAUGUUCAGAAGUCAACCCGGAAAAGCCAGUAGCGUUGACCGGCCGUCAUUGCCUUUAAGCGGUGGUGCAACGCCCAACCGAAACGACAAGCUUGCCGCUCCGAGGAUGGUUUCAUCCGAAUCGAUGGAGGCGUUACAAGCAGCAAUGGACCAAAUGAAAGAAAAGUUUUCGAAACUGCUUCUUGGAGAAGAUAUGUCUGGAGGAGGAAAAGGCGUUUCUUCAGCUUUGGCUUUAUCUAACGCCAUUACCAAUCUAGCAGCGUCUGCGUUUGGAGAGCAGAGGCGUUUAGAGCCAAUGGCGUCUGAUAGAAAAGCGCGGUGGAGAAGAGAAAUUGGAUGGCUUAUCUCUGUGGCUGAUCAGAUAGUUGAGUUCGCUCCAACGCAACAAACAAACAAAGAUGGAACUUCAAUGGAAGUCAUGUCAACAAGACAGAGAACAGAUCUUCUCUGCAACAUUCCCGCACUUAAGAAACUAGAUGCAAUGCUUCUUGAUUGUCUUGAUAAAUUCAAGGAUCAGAACGAGUUUUAUUAUGUCAAAAAGGAUUCUCCUGAUUCUGGCGAGACAAGAAACGAUGAUAAAUGGUGGUUACCAGCGGUUAAAGUCCCACCUAAUGGCCUCUCAGAGAUAUCAAGAAGGUUUCUACAGAGCCAAAAGGAAUGUGUUAACCAAGUCCUUAAAGCUGCAAUGGCAAUAAACGCUCAAGUGCUGUCUGAAAUGGAGAUUCCUGAGAGCUACCUAGAAUCACUUCCCAAGAAUGGGAGAGCUAGCUUGGGAGAUGUGAUAUACAAAAUGAUAACAGUAGAGAUGUUUGAUGCAGACCAGUUCCUAAUUGAAAUGGAUUUAUCAUCUGAGCACAAGAUUCUUGAUCUAAAGAACAGAAUCGAAGCGUCGAUUGUGAUAUGGAAGAGGAAAAUGGUGCAGAAAGACACAAAAUCUGCCUGGGGAUCAACAGUGAGUACUGAGAAGAGAGAACAGUUUGAAGAAAGAGCUGAAACUAUCUUGCUUCUUUUGAAACUAGGGUUUCCUGGAAUCUCUCAAUCCACACUUGAUAUCACCAAGAUUCAAUGCAACAGAGAUGUAGGACUUGCUAUAUUAGAGAGUUACUCAAGAGUGCUUGAGAGUUUGGCUCACACGGUGAUGUCAAGAAUAGAAGACGUGCUAUACGCUGAUCAGCUUACUCAAGAACCUACAAAUGCAUCUAGUAAGAAUAGAUAUACUGUUAUAGAGACAGAGAAACCGAAGGAGGAACGGAUUAGUUUCUCAGAGGAAAGGCUUUCAGGGACAUCACUCUCAGAUGUUAUGCAAUGGGGUAACAAGAACAAUGAGGUGAAGAAAGAAAGCUAUUAUGGAGGAGAUAAAGAGAAACCAUUGUUGUCAAAAGUCACAGGUAUUAUGACAACCAACAAAAAGAGUUCUUAUCUUGAAAAUCUUGGAACUAUGAGGAGUCCAACCGCAAGAUAUUCUUGAGAAAAAAAAAAUCUUGUAA